AAAGGGUAACACAUUUUCGUUACAACAGAUAUAACAUGAUUCGUAUUUUCAAAUGGAAUUACUGGACCCCCUACUUCUUUGCGAUAAAAUUAUCUCCUACUUUAAAAAAACUCCCUUGCACUACUUUUCAACACUUUCAUUACUUUUUUCAUGGAAUAACAUUAACAAACCACGAAACAUGCGAAAAGUAAAGACGGGAAGUGAACUGACAAGCUAUGUCACUAUUACCCUGAGCUUAAAUGUCAUUUAUUUUUUACUUCAAGUGGAAUAAAAAAUAAUAACAUCGUUGCGAUGUCCUGUUUUAGAUUAUACGAUUUUAUCUAUAUUUAUUUAUUAUGUGAAAUAAAUCUAACAAGUGAUUGUUUUGAUAGACAAGAUUCAUAUUCAUGAUUUAAACAGGAUACGUAGAGUAUGAAGCCUCGAGACUUACUGGAAAUGACUAUGGCUGUGGUAAAGUUAGAUCGGAUUAAAAUAAUUGCAUGCAAAAAAUGCAAUAAAGGCUUUACAAAACGAAAAGAUUAUAAACUUCAUAAAAUGAAGCACGAUUUGAAAAGCAUGCCUGAAGAGAGAAUCGAAAAAUAUAGGAGCUUCUAUGGCAGAAAUCCUAGUUAUGAAAAGAAAUUCCAAUGUGACCAUUGUCAUCUAAGAUUUGUCUCAAAGGACAGUGUCAAACUCCAUUCCGUUUUACAUUAUCCUUUCCCGAACAUCUGCGAUUGUGGUGUAGGUUUCUAUAAGAAAAAAGAUCUGGAAUCUCACAUGAAAAUGGUUCAUAACAAAGAAAUUAAAAAACAUAUAGAGAAAAUUACUGAUGGUGUGAAAAAGAAAUUUAAAUCAGAAAGUGACUGAUAUUUGUUUUACCACAAAAUAAUUCAGGUUUUGUAGAUAAGCAUUUGAAAUUAUUUCUGCAGUCAUUGUUUAUUUUAUUUCAACAAAAGUUCUUUACAAAUUUUAGGGCCUGUCCCACC